UUUUUGAGUCUUUUUCGUAGAUUAUAUCGAGUGCCCCUAUACUUGGGAGCAACGUUAACGAGUUCGGUGUGUGUUCCGAGUUCCGAUGACUGUGGAAUAAAUAAAGGGUAAACCUCCAUAGUUUGAGGUGAGGUAGACGAAGAGUAGUGUGAGUAGAGCAUCGAAUGAAUACGUGCAAGUGUAUAGAUAAACAGAUCAUGGAUCUAUCGACCAACAAUGACUUCAUCAACCUUCACGACGACCAACAUCACAUCACCGCCGGUGUUAACCAUCCUGUUCGCCCAAUUGAAUCCUUCCCCAAUUGUAGCAUUCAUUGGGCUCCUGAUACCAAAACCAACACUAAUUAUAGUUCUCCCGACUCAAUAGAACCAGCCAAACUCAUCGUGGAGAAAGAUCUGAGCACUAUUGAUGCAUCAUUGUUAUCUGAAAUUGAUCAUACAGUGAAGAAGUAUGCUGAUAAUCUUCUACAUGCAAUAGAGAGUGUGAGCGCUCGACUAUCACAAUUAGAAACUAGAAGUCGCCAGAUUGAAGAUUUUGUUGUGAAACUCAAGUUGUCUGUUGAUAAUAACCAUGGGAACACUGAUGGAAAACUAAGACUGGUGGAAAAUAUUCUGAGAGAGGUGCAAGAUGGAGUACAAGUCAUAAAGAAUAAACAGGAUAUAAUGGAGACUCAACUGCAGCUCGGAAAAUUGCAAGUUCCAAAGGAAAUAGACAGUAGUAUUGUUGACUCAGCGCAUCAUAGGGCAUCUGCUCCUCUUCAAUCUCACCAACAAUUUCCUCCUGUUGUGCUUGCUCAACCGCCUUCCCCUCUUCCUCCACCAAAUGCUCCUCCACCCCCUCUGCAACAGAAAAUUCCAUCUCAAGUUGAGCUUCAGGACCAGUUUCCUCAGAAUCUCAUUCCUUCUGGCACUCAACGAGAAACUUACUUCCCAUUAACUGGUCAAGCACCAGAAAACUCUAGUCAGCAGAACCAACAGUCUGCACCACAUCAGCGGCUACAGACUUCUAUUCCACCACCCCCACAUCAACAGUAUCUGCCUUUCCCUUCAUCAUUGUACACUCAGCCACCUGUACCUUCUCAAGCUCAUUCACCUCUUCCAUCUGUUAAUCCCUCACAAUCUCAACCUCCAUUGAUCCAUCAUCCUGAGGAAAGACAUUUUAUAGCAUCCCAGACUUAUCCACAAGCAAACACUAGUCAAUUUCCCUCUCAUCCAUCAAGUGGAGCCCCUGUGUCACAUCAUUUUUAUGCAGCUCCUGCUAAUCUGUUUGAGCCGCCAUCUAGCAGACAGGGUUCCGGAUUUUCCAGCGCAUAUGGCCCAUCAACUGGACCUGGUGAAUCUUACCCUUAUAGUGGGUCCACAGUUCAGUAUGGCAGUGGUUCCCCAUUCAAAUCACAACAACUUGCUUCACCCUUGAUGGGCCAGAGUGGUGGAAAUGGUUACCCACAGCUUCCCACAACAAGAAUAUUACCUCAAGCACUACCUACUGCUUUUGCAGUUAGUAGUGGGUCUAGUUCUCCUCGUACUGGAAAUAGAGUUCCUAUUGAUGAUGUAGUUGAUAAAGUGACAAAUAUGGGAUUUCCAAGAGAUCAAGUAAGAGCAACUGUGCAGAGACUGACAGAGAAUGGACAGUCAGUAGAUUUGAAUGUGGUGUUGGACAAAUUGAUGAAUGGCGGGUAAGGCCAGCCGCCACAAGGCUGGUAUGAUAGGUGACAUGUUUCCACUUGUUCAUGUUUCUCCAUAGAAGUUUGAGGUACAUAUAUGGAAAUAAAGAAAAUCACAGAACAAAUUUGGAAAAAGGACAGUCUCUGUUGGGAUUUAAACGGACUCUGUUUACUUCUGUCGUAUAACUUCUUUCUUGUGCUUACAGAUUAUUUAUUGUAUAUUAAUAUGUUAUUUCCUUUCCCCAUUUCAA